AUGUUGGCCCAGCGGAUGCGGUGGGCCCUGUCCUUGACAGGCGUGCUUUUGUGUGUCCUGGUGCUCCUCAUGCUCAACCAACCGGCAGCAGAGCCGCCGUCGCGCGGAGGGGUCGUAGUAGGAGCGGGUCAACAGUACCGCCUCGUGCUCGCUUCCAUUGCUCGGUCAGGCAACGGCUGGAUGCGUGGCAUGCUCGAAGCCUCGACGGGAGUGGCCACGGAGAGCGUCUUUGAAGAGCCGGGCGCUAAAUCCUCGGGACAUGGCUCUUUUGUCCCAGCCUGUGGCUGGCUUCAAGACUGCACCUUGGUGCAACCCGCCAGCCCUUUCGAUGCGGCCGUGAUCAAGUCCCAUUUUCCGUUUGCAUCUCCCGACGACGUUUUGACGCACUUGCGUGCUGGCCAAUCGGAUGUGCAAGACGUUCAUUAUGCACUUGUGGCGGUUCGCAAUCCCCUGGAUAAUUUUGAGGCCUGGGAGCUGCGCGCGUUUAUGGACAUCUGGAGCCUCCACCACGACUUUUGGUGGCAGCAGCAUGGCGGGCGUUUCAUCUACAGAUAUGAAGACCUCUUGCAGGACCCGAUCGCAGUGCUACGCAAGCUCCUGCAUCAUGCUGGUCUCUGGACCUACUACGGGCUGCAAGGUAUCAUGGUUGCUUUUCCCUUGCUCCGUUGUCUUCACACGUCAUGGAGGGAUGAGACCUUGACCGCACAUGCCUGUACUAAUGGCUCCGUGGUCAGAGUCGGCGCUGCUGCGGGUGGCGCAGAUGGACCGCCUCAACACGUAUCGCCGCAAGCAGAGCGGGACUGA